GGUAAACCCCGGGUGGUCAAAACUCACUCAUUUAAGUAGUAUUGCCGUAUCAAGAAUAACCACCCGCUUAACUGCUCCAUCACGAGCUACAGGGAACAGGUUGCCUGGGAAACGGCCGCAUGGCAACAGGAUCAGAGCCGGGGGGUUGUCUGCUGCUAGCUCUGCUCCCGUUUCCCAUUUCCUCACUAGAUGGUGUGCAAGCCACUGGAGAGUCGACUUCCUCCCGCGGUCAGGUUCCGAUCAAAACAAAUCUGGAAAACUACACGGAACGCCAUUUCUCGGGGUUUUCGCGGAGGAUUAAUAUAUUUUCAUCCAGAUAUUUGUAUUUUUAUUUUUGAUAACGGCGCGGAUCGUACUCUAUUCGGCGGUGAUGGACAUAAUGAUUGCAGUGCAGGAUGCGUGCGUCUCCGGUCAGUGGCUCACCGCUAUAAUUCUUAGUCUUUGCUGCUUUUUACCAUCGUGUUUGCCCGCUGGACAAACUGUGGACUAUCCGUCCAGCGAGAGUGUGGUCAGCAGACAGGGAGACACCGCGCUGCUCAGAUGCUACCUGUUGGAUGGGAUCUCAAAAGGAGCAUGGUUGAACCGUUCCAGUAUCAUUUACGCAGGGAAUGACAAGUGGUCAGGGGAUCCUCGUGUGUCCAUCGUAUCGAAUGUGGGGGAUAAACAUGAAUACAGCUUACAGAUACAGAAAGUGGAUGUAACAGAUGAGGGAUUGUACACCUGCUCAAUACAGAGUGAACGUAACCUACGCCCAAAGCUCAUUCAGUUAAUUGUAAAAGUUCCUCCCAAAAUCUAUGACAUUUCAUCGGACAUUACAGUAAACGAAGGCAGCAAUGUUUCACUCAUCUGCACAGCCAGUGGGAAACCAGAGCCCAAAAUCUCUUGGAGACACAUCACCCCAUCAGCCAGGAAGUAUGAAAGUGGGGAGUAUUUAAAUAUCACAGGCAUCACUCGGGAUCAAGCAGGGGACUAUGAGUGCGGCGCCGAAAACGACAUUGCUUCACCUGACACUAAGACCGUGAGAGUCACAGUCAACUUUCCUCCAGCAAUCCAUGAGAUGAAAAGUCACGGGGUUCGACCCGGUCAGAUUGCCCUGCUGAGAUGUGAGGCAGCAGCUGUCCCCUCUCCAGUCUUUGAGUGGUACAAGGGAGAGAAAAGGAUUAACAUGGGCCAAGGAAUAGACAUCAAGAACCUCAGCUCCAGAUCAGUUCUCACAGUCAAGAACAUGACACAGGAUCGCUAUGGCAACUACACCUGUGUGGCCGCCAACAGGUUGGGAACAGCCAACGCCAGUGUGCCUCUGAUUCAGUCUCGUGCUCCUCUUAUCUACAGCUGUCCUCUACUGGAGGUUCUUACAGGGAUGUGAUUUCUGCAGAGGACUAAUAAGAUUGAAUUGGUGUGAGUUUGCUUCUCGUCGAUCUUCUCCAUGUGCAGACGGAGGGGGAGAGAGUGGCAGAAGAACACCUGCGAGUGGAUUAAUGAGGGAAAGACUGCUCUCCGAGCUGCCCAUCCUACUCGCGCUAAUUAAUCCUGCUGGUCAUUAGCACUAACGGUUAGCUUCAUUCAAAUACCAAGCAUUUUAUGUUAUCUCUAUAAUGAAACUUGCACAGAAAAACUGCCCUGAUUAACAUAUAGGCUGAAAUGAUGAGGGCAGAGGUUGCUCUUAAAGAGACAGUUUACCCAAAAAUAAAAAUUCUGUCAUUAUUUACUCACUCGUUUUACUUGAUCUACUCUGCUAUUCUAUUCACAAGCAAGGACCACAACCAUAAAUGCUAGAGAAUUAUUUAUUAAAGAAAGUUAGGGAUGAAUAGGGAGAGGAUGAAGAGGAAGGGGGAAAGGGAUGGUUAUCAGGUUGAUCCGGGCAUGGUGUAGGCGGCAGGGAGACUCAGAGUGGGGGCAUCAUCUCAGUUAAAUGUAGGCCGAGUGAUUAGGAUCCCCCCGAUACAACCUGGAAGGGAAUAGAACAGGGGAUGGUAAGGAUUGAAUGGAUGAGAGAAGGAGGGGAAGGGAGGGUUCGAGAGAAUGAGACAAACAGUACUGUAGGGGGCUGCCCGAUAUAAGAAGGUUUUGAGAAGUCAGGUGAUUGGUUGAGGCUGGCCCGUCUCCGAACCUCAGUUAAGUUAACUCCAUAAACAAAAAAAAAUUUAAGCUCCAGAAAAAAGGCUGCAACCUGGUCUCAUGGAAAGAUGUACCUGUGGGAACAUUUUUGCAAGUCGCAAAAUACGUACCAAUACGUACAUAUCACUGCAGUUUCCAACAGAAAUGAUCACUAGAGGCAGUAAGACAGCAAGCACUUUUAUUCGUUUUCAUACACAGUUAUGAUUACAGGGUCAGAUUAUGGAUUAAUAAAGACUUGUUUUCACAUCUCCUUGCACAGUAUUAUGUUAUGAUCUGAAAACACUUUUUACCAAAGUGCAUGAUUUGUAAACAAAUACAUUUUGGUCUUUGCAUCACUUAACCAGCUCCAUAUGUUUCGCUUUUCUGACAUAACAAGCUUGCUCGGUAGCUUAAGCUGAUACAGAAUUGUACUUAGGAUAAGGAAGUCUUGGGUAGGCCUACGAAUCCCGUGAAAGACGAGUCACGGUAAAAGAGCUCAAAGAUGUGAGAUCAAAAACAAACUAAAAUGUCAUGAUUACGAAUGCUUUUUAUGCCACAUUUGCUUUUGUUAACACUAUCAGGUAGGUUUAGGUCAGUGGCGUGCAGUGGUGUUCUGAAAUGAGGAGGCAAUUUUUUAUUUAUUUAUGAAUCAAUGUAAAUUCAUGUGCAUUACUCUUAACAUUGACACAUCUUGACCAAGUCAGUCUCCUCAAGUUAGUGUUUUAAGCAUUUCUACAUUCAUUCCAAAAUAAUAACUAACGGCAAUAAUAAUUUAAACAAUAUAUUUUAUUUGUGUAUUGAUGUUUUUCUUUUUAAUAGUCAACUUAGGCUAUUUUGGAUCAUCAGUCAUGCACCGUAAACACCGUCUGUCACAGACACGAAGAUGUAUUUUUAAUUUCACCAAGCUGAUUGCACUAAAAACCCCUGCAGUCAUCAUGCUUUCAGUCCAUUUCAAGUUUGAUUUUGACGUGACAUAAAGUGGUGAUAUCUAACUGGGUGAUCUGUUUACUUACUUUUCAAUUAGUCUUCCCAUUGAUGCCAUCAUUUGUUCAUUCAAACUGAUGCGCGGAACGUGCACGUAAACAAGAGGCGGGAUUUAUUGCACAAACCAAUCAUAUCCAAUCAUAACCAAUUACAUCCAAUCAUAGCGCGAUGGAGACAUUGCCUCCUCUCACGUGACUUUCCCCCAUUCAUUCUUCAUUACUCCCCACAAAACCCACCGCACGCCAGGGGUCUGAUGGUUUUCUAUGAGAGCAAAAGGAGGCAUGACUCCUGUUGUAACUUUACCUGCGGCUGUCGCUGUUGGGCAGUGUUCCUUAAGAAAUACGAGUGACUUGCACUCUUUUUAAUGUCAUAAUUUGUAAUAUUUGUUGUGUUUUAUAUGUAAUAUGGAUUAUUUUCUCAUCCUAUUUUUUUUUUUUUUUUUUUUUUUUUUUGAGGAGGCACUGCCUCCCUUGCCUCCUUGGAGGAAACGCCCCCUGGUUUAGUUGUAGUGUUAGUGGUACGUUAUUUUAAAACGUAAUGGAGCAUUACACUUUUAGCACCACUCACCGGACAUUUCAAAUCAGAACUGCGGUGAUACGUAUAAAACCAACGUAAUAAAAACAUACCAUAUUCACGUUCAUCUGUUUCGAAAAAAAAACUGAACACACUUUUAGCGCCACUCAGUGGACAUUUCACAUUGAAACUGUCAUGGCGCUACGUAUUUUCAUUUUGUAAAAAUUUUACAACACAGGUAUGUUUUUCAAAUGAGGGCUGAAAAAAAACACAAAAAAGUGUUCUAAAGCCAUAUAAUAGCUUUGUGUGAGAAAUAGACCAAAUUUAAGUCUUUAUUCACUUUAGUCUUUAUUCAGUUAGGCUAACUUCACUUCCAGUGAGCUGUUACCUCGAUAACAUCUUCAAAUGAAUCAUUGAUUCAGUGAAUUGACUUGAGAAUUGAAUCAGAGAAGAAAUCAUUGCUUUUCCAUUCUUUUGAAUGAACUGGUUGAUAUGGUUCACAAAUUGGACUGAACGAUUAAUCAAUGAAUUUACUUAAUUAUCUAGCUGCUGCAGUUCUCAAGUUAACAGCUUACUGUGGGGGAAUUAUCAGUGAACAAUGACUUUAAGAGGACCUAUUAUGCUUUUUUUUUUACACUUUUAACUUUCUUUAGUUUGUAAUGUUGCUGUUUGAGCAUGAAAAUGUCUGCAAAGUUACAAAGAAGGGAGUUAUUCUCUAGAUCAGUAAGCAGUGUUUCUGAACUCCCUCGAUUGUAUAGGUUUUUUCCGGAAACGUACACGUCACAAUAUUCUUCAUUUAAAUAAUUCCCACCCAAGGCAUACGCAACAAAAAGUGGUGGUUGAGUUGCUUUAGUAGUGUGUUGAAACUCACGGUUAUGGUACGCUGUGUGACAUUUCCAAAACAGGCUUGAAGCGGUUGACUAAUCACAACACAUUGGUCCAGCUGACCAAUCAGAGCACUAUUCAGAAAGAGGGGCUUCAUAGAGACAGAAACUAAACAGAGCAUUACAGACAGACUGGGAAGAGAGCAACAAUGUAAAAUAUGUUUAAAAAAAAAAAAAAAAAAAAAACAUUCAAGCAUGAAAAGCUAUUCAAAUAAACCCCAAAAACAAAAUCAAGACUUUGUAAAAAAAAAAUAAAUAAAUAAAAAUAAGGCCUCUUUUUGGGUGGUGAACUAUCCCCACAAUUUAAAAAGGGAUUUGUGGGAGUUAUGAAAAUGUGAAAACAUGGCUAUUUUUGUCUGUGUGUGUGUGCACAUUAGGAUUGAUCUCUUAACACCCCGCUACACACAGACACAUACACACUUUCUGUCUUUCUCUAUAUGCUUGCCUUAUUGCCAUGCUCAUGGCAGAUGAGAAACAACUCCACACAGAAGAGGAAGAAUGAGAAAGGACGUGUGAGGGAGAGACUGAAGCGGUGAGGGAGGGAGCCGUCACACAGAGCGCUUCCUAAAAUCAUGUUACUGUGUCAUUAUCCCACCUCUGCUCUCUUCCCAGCAAUCAUAUUUGGAGAACAUCUUUCAGGAGCUCUCAGUGCCACAACAACUGGUAAGCAUGGCUAAUGGAAAUUUAAUCAGUGACAAGAGUGGAGAAUCAGUCAUAAUGCAUGUCAAACUGAAUGCACCCCGAUAAGGAAUAACAGAGAGAUGCAAAUAGUGGUUAAGGGAGGCUUCGCUGACAGACUGAUAAUGCCCUCGUACUUCCUGCAGCAAGCGCCAAUGGCUGUUUCUUGUUUGUGAGUGUUUUAUUUAAAGCCUGAUUUAUGAAUGCUUUUUCAUUGAUUUUAAUGUCGCAAAUAUGAGCACUCCAGCAAAACCAGAAGGCACGAGGAUGCAAAUAGCCCUGUUUAUGUUUUUUCAUUAAAGCAAUAAGAGCAAAUCUAAUUAGGACGUCAAGAUUUCAAGCAGUUGUUCCUUGGCUCCUUGUUUGUUUGGUUGGUUUUCAUUUUUCAUACUUUCUCCAGGCAGAACCUUGUAAGAUUAAACCAAUAAAUGGCUUGCGAAACUUGGGGUUAAAUUGACUACACAUGACAAAACCUAUACAAAUCCCUCUUAUCCCAUUUCAAUUUCCCCAUUGGUAAACAGAGCGCUAUCUUGUUCCACCAAAGAACUGCCACGAGCAAGAUGGCGUAUAAAACCGCAAUCUACAAAGGAACAAAACUGGGAUGCUCCACCAGCACACCACGCAUCCUCCGUGCUUCAACUUACCCAUGAAACGGGUUUCUUAAGGCAAGAAUCAUGCAAACAAGUCAUCAGAGUUUCAAAUCAAGCUUGAAUGAACAUGCAUGGAAUUUAACCCUCUCUGUUCUAAUGCUUUGGUAAUGUGAGUCGUGGACUGUAUCCAACAGAUUUCAUUUGAACUUUGCUAGAGCAUUGUAAUAAUUUGCAUUAUGUUAAUCGCAUUAAUGUUGAUAUUUGCUUGUAACUUAUGUUAUGAGGUAGUACUGCUUGUUAAAAUAUAUAGUUUUGGGAUAUUUCAGCUUUACUGGAGUUUUUAUGUUAACUUUCACUAUUACUUCAUUGUUUUGAUAAUACAACUAAUAGACCCUAUACUCCAAUACUUUUUUCGAGACCCAUCUAUUACAUUUUCGACAGUAUAAUGUUAGCUGCAUGUUGUUCGGUGGUAGCGAAAUCCAAUUCACAAACAGUUUGUUUGAAUUGCAUCUUUUGUUCAGUUUGGUUAUUUUGUAUCUGUAAAACCUGUUCACAAACCUGUCUGAAUUAUUAAUUUCGUGAAUCACAAACACACACUGGACAACGUAUCACGCAACAGAUCUCCCAAUCUGAUCUUAUUGGAAAACGUAACUAUUUUAUGAGGUGACCAUUUAGUAUGAUUUUAUAUGAUGUGAAUCAAACAAAAAAAAAAAAAAAAGUAAGAAUGAAGCUCCACCCCUUAACAUAACCAUAACCAUCACUGUGAUAUGGCAAGCUGUUUUGGCUUAAAAUGUUCCAAGCAUUACUUGUAAUUGCAUUUUUACUAGUAACAAUUCAGUUUGAAAUCUCUACAAUUGUAAGAAUUCCAAUUAGAGAGCUCUUUAAUUACAUUUUUUCUAGUAACAGUUAAAAUUUACAGAGCCCCGCACAUGACAUGCAAGAAAAAAAGUAAAUUGUGCACAUGAUUUACUAAUCCGUUCCCUCGAUUUAUAAAUCAUGCGCGAAACGAAAUAGUAAAUCAUGCGCACGAUUUAGCCUACCAUUUUUUUCCCUGCAUAUCAUGUGUAAAAAUCAGAGAGCUCUCUAAUUCAGUUCUUACUAGUAAUACAAUUACAACGAGUAACGCUGGGUGCAUUUUAAGCUAAUUUGGCUUGCCAUACUGUGGUGUUCAAGCAGAUCAUACAAAAAAUGUAUGAAUAUGUUGGAUUUGUUUGUAACAGAACUCUCUCGCCUUUCCUAGAACUGUUCAUAGUUGUAUAAACAAAUAAUGUGUUCAUAAGUCAAACAAUAAAAUGCCAUUACCAAUUACGUUUAACCAAGUGUUGUUUGAAUCAGUAAUGACCAGAUGCAAGGAGACUAAACCAAAACAGGUCCCUCCGCUCGCAUUAUACUUUUGUAAAGCAUGGAGGGAGGCAGCAUGAACUGCUGUUCUGCUGAAGAUUAAGAAAUGAUUAUGAAAAAUGUAACUACAUUUACACAGCAAGUAUCAACACUAUUUUGCUGUGAAAGCUUGAGAAGACUGAAGAAAAUUGAUAUAGUCUAUCAAAUUGUAAAUAAAUAUAUAGGCCUAUGAGUUAAAAGCUUAAAAUAGCCUAAUAUAAUUUUCAUUUUGUGUAUAAUGUUCUAGCAAAAUGUUUCACAAUCCUUUUCAUCUUAUUUACCCUCACAGUGCUAUCAAUAAUGCUCAAGUACUCCUUCAUCAACAUUCUUUGAGUAGCCAUUAUUACAAUUAUUUACCUUUAAACUUUACACAGUCAGUAGGUGAUAAAACAAACUCAGAAUGUUCCUUUCCCUUUAAUGAGACACCUGAGCUUUAAUGUCUAUCCCAAGCUUUGUCAGUUCUGAGGGCAAUCACUUUCUUUAGAAAGACCCAACAACCAGCUUAAGUGCUCUCUGGGGUACAUGUACCCCUGAUUGGGAAUCACAGCUUUAGCAAAAAAAAAAAAAAGAGUUUGGGGACUACGCCUGAUCUUCAUUAUAAUUAGAUGCUACCCCAACUCAUAAGGAUGGCAAACUAUGCUGUGUACAUUAUCACACACAAAUCAUCUGCAGCAAAUAGGAAAAUGUGGUAUCGAGAAAAUGGGAGAAGAGUCUUCACUAUGGCAGAGGAGGAGACCCAUUAUGGAUAGGAUUCUGGAAGGGUUAUAUUCUGGUAUUGGCUCCUCCAAACAAAGCUCUUUGAUGCAGGGUAUGUGUGAGUUCAUAGUUAUUAAUUGAGGCUAUGGCUGGCUGUAAGAGUGUUAUCUGCAGUUCAGGAAAUUAUGUGAUGUUGGUGGCAGUACACACACAUAUGGAUUCUCAAACUGAGGUCAGUGGCUGGCCAGCAGACAGUACACAGUGAAUGAAUCAUAACCUGCUUGCAUGGCCUUAUUUGGUUAUUAGAGUGACCUUGUAUAUUUCUCCAGCAAUGUGAAAAGCAAUGAAGACUUAAUUGGUAUACCAGUGUGGUUUUAUUGAACUUUAAGUGCAAUACUAUAUGAUGAUGAUGGCACCUCUAACAGCUGUGCCAGUUUGGUUAUCAGGAGAUAAUGGGAUCAGCCAAUGUCUGGAUGUCAGAUUAGUCAAAGACAAAUGAGCUGUACAUAGGCCUACCUCUACAUUGAGACUGUAAGUGCCUGCAAGUUUCUGUUAACGCAAUCAUCAGUGAUAGGCAGAGUAGUCCACUUUACCAUUUCCAAGCAUUUUAUUGAAGCCACCUUUACUAUAUACUGUAUAGGGCAACUUUGGAAAUGACGAGGACCAGCAUUUUUUCCCCUUUAUACCACGGGAGACUGCUUAAUCUGCACUCACACAUUUAAUGCAAUGUGUUUUAUUAGCUAUGAAACUUGUGCAAUUGUGCUAAUUCAAAUGGGCAACUUCAUUGUCAAUUGACAAGCAUAUGUAAACAUCCCAACUACAUUGUCUGUAAAUUUGCAACAAACAAAUGAACAAAAGCCCUAUUUUUGAUUAGUAGCCUAAAGAACAUUCUUAACCCACCCUCAGAGAACAGUUAAAAAGUGCUUAUUCAAAAAAUUUUUAUUAAAAAAUAAGUUAUUAAAAAAUAGUAAUACAAAUACUGAAUAUAAGAACAAUUCAGUGCAUAAAUUUCCAUACCAGACCACCCCCCAAACAGGUCCACCAGAUUGACAGCUUGCCCACCCUAUCAGAUCCAAAGAAAUACAUCAUUUUUUUAAUAAUACAGUUUUCUAACGUUUAACAAUUCUUCAAUAAUUAUGAUUAUUUAACGUGAUUUGUUUUGACAUUCAUUAGAACUCUAUCCUAAUAUUAAUAAGAAUAUGCUAAUUCUUCUCUUUACGUCACGCCAGUAAUGUUAUGUUCUUCUUCGCGCCAAUAUCCGGAUUAUCUAGCAGCGCCCUUUUUAUGUUAUUACAAAACUGGCUAAACUGCUAUAUGACACAUUUAAGAAAGAAACACGUCUAGACAAAGAUGACAUGACGCCGUAACAACUUGAUACUUUUCUUUUGAAAGAGAACUAACGAAUAAUUAGAAUUAAGACAAUAUAUUGUCAGCAUCUUAAAUUCAAAAACCCAGCUGACUUGUUUAGAACAGACAUCAGCCAUACAAGGUAAGCUAUGGGUAUGUUUUUAGUCUGGCCCGCCGUGGCAUUGUUAUACAAUAUUUGCAUUUAAUAAUUGCGAACAAGGGGUUUUCUGAAAUGUAGGCUACAUAUAAGCCACAUUUAUUAGCAAUGGCAGGUUGUCCAUACAGGACUCAAACAUUGUGAUUUCUCUUCGUGAAAGAGUUGUUAUCAGGACUCGGGUUGAAUCUCUCACUUUCCUGCUUUGUUUUUGUUUUCAGUUUUUCACGUGGCGGCCGCUCAUACUUGAUCGCACUGUGCAAUUAGAGCCGGUGUUACGAGAUUUUAGGUUUCCG